GUGACUGCGUACGCUGUUGUUGUUGGAAGACAAUUUCUCUUGGUCGUGCUCGUCCUCCUCUUGCUGUCGCCAUUCUCUGCGAUCCAAAGCGCAAGACAACCUCAAUCCCUACAGAUCUCGUGUGUCGAUCCACAAUCCCAAGCUGUGGAAGAAAUGAAUUGGAUUCAGCGCAAGAUCCUCCUUUACAAUGUGACUUUUGGGCUUUAUAUGUUGGAUUGGUGGGAGCGUUGUACUUUUAAUACUUUGGUGAUUGUAUUAAUGUGGUUCGUACUACGAUACAUUGCUGAGUUCUUCAAGAGGUCAGGUAUGUUUAGUGAGAAGCUGAUUCUUUCUUUCGGGAAGAUGCCAAUGUAGACCAUCACUUGGGGAUUGAAAUUAGUACCUGCCUGUGUAUUUGGUAUAGCUGACUAGGGAAUAUCUUGUAGCAGUUUGAUAUUGAACUGGCUUGGAAUUUCUUCAAGCUGGCAAACCAAAUUGCAAUUCUAUACACCAUCACGAAUCUUAUUUGAACAUUUCUUUAUUUGUAAGCUUGUAUGGGAUGUUCAUUUUCAUUUUUUGCGUUGUAAUAGUUUGUUGGAAAUGUUCACUACUAUCUGUUCUGAACAGUUGAAAAUCAAAGGUUUCAUUAAAAAGGAAGAGUGUAAUUAAAAUUUGGGGAUUGGAGAAGCUGACCAUAUGGAAUGACUGAAGCUACUGGAAUUCACUGACUCUAUAAAUUUUAGUGUUUUCUGAA